UCUGUUAGUUCCUUCUUUUUCUUCCCUUGUUUGUUUUUCCUUGUGUCGAUUUACCAUGGUGUCCUAGUAAGUUAAUUACUCCAUCUGUUGUUGAUGCUUUUACCUGGAUUCCUUCUUUUUUUCUUGGACGUGAAAAUGUUUGCUAUCAAACAUUGUCCUUCGAUAACUUGUUGCUAUGGUUUACUCUCCAUAACGACAAGGUUUUGGAUUAAUAAGAAGCUCUUAUUUUCCCUAAAUAUUUCUGUGCGCUUGACCAUCUGGGGACUCGGAAAGGUUCUCCUUUGGGUUCUUACCAGAUGGCAGGUUUGCCUUCCACUCGCAAAUCUAUAUUUGUUGAGGCUUUGUAAUCGCAAAGUGAGCAAGAAGAAACGGAAGCGACUUUUUUUGUGUUUACAAAAAUGUUGCUUCUUGGAUCUUUUUUUUUUCUUCUCUUCAUAUCUUUGCUUUUACUAAAUACAUGCUGUCGAACAAAGAACCUUUUUUUGACAAAGAAAGAGAAUUGGGAGAAGAUGUUGAUGUACUGUGAAUGGAUCCCAUUGACAUGAACUCGGUUAUUAUAGCAACGUUGCUUCUGCUCAGGAUGUGCUUGUUCCCGAAACUCUCUUGAAGAAGAGAAAGGCCGCCCAGCAAUCCGCUGAGACCGCCGCUGCUCAGAAGGCUGAACUUCGCAAGGUCAAGUUGGCUAAGCGUCGCGAUAUCUUCAAGCGCGCUGCCAAGUACCAUGCCGAGUACAAGGCUGCCGAGAAGAACGAAAUUCGUCUUCGUCGUCAGGCCAAGGCCAACGGUAACUACUACGUUCCUGCUCAGUCCAAGUUGGU